AUGGUCAACGUGAUUGUGUCUAGAGUGUUGGCUUUGCCAGCUGGAUUUGCUAGCCUAGCUGUGCUGGAGUUGCGGGGGUUUUUGAUGCUUCCAGCUGACAUCGCUGUGGUACAAAAAUUUUACUUCCUUUUUUUCAUCUGUCUGUCCCAGGUGGCAAAGCUGGCAGCUCUUUCUUCUGGUCUGCCAUUUGCAUGUAUUACUGUAUAUGCAGCAACAGAAAAGGAAUCAAAAGGUCAGCUGAUGAAGCCAAAUCAGCUUCCAAUUUACUGCCCACCACCUCUGAAAUCGAAAUACGUUGAAGAACAGCCUGGUCUCUUGCAGAAGCAAUUUUCUUCAGUAAGACAGACGACUGGCCGCUAUAUUGGAUGGUGCAAAGAUGCCUUUGUCUUUGUUAAAAAUGGAAUAAUGGAUUCAAUUCAGUUUGGAAAAGAUGCUUAUGUUUACCUGAAGAAUCCACCACCAGAAUUUCUUCCCAAAGUUGGUGUAAUUACAAUAUCAGGCUUAGCUGGCAUAGUGCUGGCAAGAAAAGAUUCUAGAUUUAAGAAAAUUGCUUAUCCAUUGGGACUUACUACUUUAGGAGUUUCUGUUUGUUACCCAGCUCAGUCAGUGGUAAUUGCUAAGGUAACGGGGAAAAAGUUAUUUUCUGCAAGCCAUCAAACCUAUGAAGCUGUGCGAUCACUAUGGGCAAAAAAGGAAGACGUCAGCAAG